AAUGAAUUCCGUAAUCUCAGUUCUACUUGUGGUAGCUGUGGUGGCAGCUGUGAACGCUAGAAGCCCGCCAUGUAUAUGCCCUGCCAAUUGGGAUCCAGUUUGCGGAACGGAUGGGAAAACCUAUGGAAAUAUGUGCGACUUGGAAUGCUCCAACGUUCCCUUCCAAUCGCAAGGUAAAUGUCCCUGCAGAUGUACCAAAGAUCUGAAUCCAGUCUGCGGAAAUGACGGGGUCACCUAUGACAACGAAUGCCUCAUGGAGUGCAAUGGAGCAACCCUUGCCAGUUCUGGAGCAUGCUAG